CAGCGAAGAGGGGAUGGGAAGACACACACACACACACACACACACACACACACACACACACACACACAGCCUUGUCCCUCCCGCGCCCAGGUGGGGUCCGGACAAGAUCCCAGGUGGGUGGCUGCGUUUGACGCCCCCGGUUGCUUCCUGGGAUCCACCGGCGGCUCAGCUGGAAGAUCCGAAGAUCUCUCCGCCUUUCGGGCGGCCGUGGAGCUCUUCUCCGGCCUGGCGGGGCUGCCUGCUUGGGAUCCCAGAUCCAGACUUCCCUCGGGAUCUGCUUCCCGGCCCUCCCUGUCGGGGGAUCUCCCCCCUCCCGCUGAGGUUCCCCUUUCCCCGUGGUCAAGGAUCCACCCGCCGUUCAAAGGGCGAGGAGAUCCGGCCGAGAGGCGGCCCGGGAGAGCAGCGGAUCCAGCCGCCGAAGGGGAUCAAUCGGAUCCCUCCGUCCAGGGGGGAACCUCCGAGCGAGACAGCCUCUCCUUGGGCUCAUCCUCUUUCGCUGUUCACGCAGCAACCCCCGAGAUUGGCGCUGUGCGACUUGUCCAGAAAUGGCUGGAAGCUUCCGAGGGCCUGAUCAGAGGAUCGUCCUGGUGGGCAGCACCGGAAGUGGGAAAAGCGCGACGGGAAACACCAUCCUGGGAAGCAACGUCUUUGAGUCUAGGUGGUGUUAUAGGUCACCAACAAAGACUUGCCAAAGGGAGGAGAGCCUGUGGAAUGGCCGGAAGGUGGUGGUGGUGGAUACGCCGGGCUUUUUCGACCCUGGGGUUCCAGAGUCCCAAACUGUGACGGAGCUCGUGAAGUCUAUGAAGUUUUGCACCCCGGGUCCCCACGCUAUUCUGUGCGUCCUGCGUCCUGGCUGUUGGACGCAGGAGGAGAAGGAGAGGCUUCAGCUGGUCAAAGAGGUGUUCGGUCGCAAAGGCAAGAAUUACCUGAUCCUUUUGUUCACCCGCAAGGAGGACCUGGAAGGGGAGACGCUGGAGGAGUUCAUAUCCCAGAGAGACGUCGCGCUUCGGGAACUGGUGGCCCACUGUGGGCACCGCUGCCUGGCCUUCAACAACAAGGCCAAAGGAGAAGAACGGGAGGCUCAGGUGGCCGAACUGAUGCGGAUGAUCGAUCAGCUCGUGUACAAGAACGGGGAUGCGACUUGCUACACGGAGGACAUGCUGACGGCGGACAUAAACCACUUCAAAGAAAGGCGUGGCCUCUCCUCGUGUCGUCUCCUCUAACGGACGCCGAAAAGCCUCUCUGCUCCAAGGCGGUAGCCCUGUCCAAGGCCACAACCCUGCAUUUCCCCCCCUUUUAGUUGCAACCCAGCCCUCGCCAGGAGACCUCCGAAGAACCCCAAAGUCCGAGAUGGGUGGCGGAGUCACCCUGAGCCGAUUCCUUCUCCGGAGAACCCACUUCCUCCCCUCAGAUGACAGGAGUUUCUUCCAAGGGCAGAGGAAGAUCCCGCCCCCUCCCCAUAUCAACUAGCCAGCCCCCCCAGCCGAAUUUGCUCCCAGCCUGCACCCCUGUCCCUUUAGAAGCACAGACUCUUUGGGGCUUCCCCGUCGGUCCGUCCGUUGAGGUCGAGCAGGACAGGAAACCGCCGAGACGAAAAAUAUUAUGAAUUAUAAGUCGCAGAAUCUUGACAACGUCUCCCGUUCGCUCCGGCUGGUGCCGAAGACCAUCAAGGCAAGGAGAGCCUUGAGGUUUUUUCUCACUUUUCUCGUUUUCCUGAGCGGAAUCUCUGUUUUUGGAACGGUUGCCUGGCAUCUUCCUUCC